AGUUUUCUUUCUUGUUAAUCUCAUCGCUGGAGCGAUGACCUCCCUCUCCCUCUCACUUUCCUGAAAGUACGUGACAUUCCUAACUUUCCGCAGCAGUCCAUAGCAGAGCACCCGUCUCAUCUGCUGCACUAGCUCUCACCCAUCCUGGGACUGCCCUGCUCAUCUUCAUUCUACCCAGCCUUGCCAUUCCAGGAGCUGCCCAGCUCCUCUUCUCUCUCCUCCUGGCAGCAGAGAUCAAUGGGAUACCCCCACACCUGAGUUUCUGCCUAGAAAACCAUACGAUAUGCAUUUCAUGGAAAUGAGCCAAAACCAGGCUUGUGAAAAAGAACGCCAGUUUUCACAAAAUCUUAUCCAGACAGACACCCCUGGCGUUCUACAUCUUAAAAAAUUACAGAGAUGGAACUCUGCGGGAGACCCAGAAAUAAGUACAGAGCAGACCGAGCAACCCAAAAAUCUCUGCACAUCGACUAUGGAAACAGAGCGAUCCAAUGGAUAUGUAACAAGUGAUAAUGAGAUUGUCCCUGAGACAGAACAUUCCAACAUGGCCAUAGACCUGACCUCGUGCACACCUAAUGGACAGCACUCCUCACCAACGCACAUGGCAAGCACAAACUCAGUGAAGAUGGAGAUGCAAAGCGAUGAUGAAGGCGAGAGGAAGCCUCUUCGUCGAGACACACCGCUGCAGUUACAAGAUGAUGAGAGUGGUCUAGAAGAGCCUCUGAUUGAUGCUAAUGGGAUCUCAGACAGCCGCAGCAGUCAGGAAAUGCCCCUUGAUGGUGGCAUCCGGCUGCCGAAUGGUAAACUGAAAUGUGACGUCUGUGGCAUGGUUUGCAUUGGCCCCAAUGUGCUAAUGGUCCAUAAAAGGAGUCAUACGGGUGAGCGGCCAUUCCACUGUAACCAGUGUGGAGCAUCAUUCACUCAAAAGGGCAACCUUCUUCGCCACAUUAAGUUACACUCUGGGGAAAAACCUUUUAAAUGCCCAUUCUGCAGCUAUGCAUGUCGGAGGAGAGACGCACUUUCCGGCCACCUCAGAACACACUCCGUCGGCAAACCUCACAAGUGCAACUACUGUGGCCGAAGCUACAAGCAGAGGAGCUCUUUGGAGGAGCACAAGGACCGGUGUCACAACUACUUGCAAAAUGUAGGGAUGGAGGCUGGCCAAGGUAUUGUGCACCAUGGUGAGAAGCUCAUGAGAUAUGGAUAUCCUGACUUGCACUUUGAUAUGACCUAUGAGAAAGAGGCAGAAAUAAUUCAGUCACAAAUGAUGGAUCAGGCUAUUAACAAUGCUAUAACAUACCUGGGAGCAGAUGCACUGCGGCCUCUCAUACACCACUCAGCAGCUGCCAUACCUGAGGUCCCACCAAUUGUCAGUUCACUUUACUCUCAGGUCUAUCAUCCAGCCAGAUUGGAGAGACCCACCAGCAGAGAGACAUCAGACAGCAACGAUAACAACAUGGAUGGCCCAAUCUCCCUUAUCAGACCAAAGAACCACCCUCAGGAGAGAGAGGCAUCACCCAGCAACAGCUGCCUUGAUACUACUGACUCAGAAAGCAGCCACGAGGACCAGCAAUCCUACCAGGGCAACCAUGCCUUAAAUUCAAAAAGAAAGCAAAGUCCCAUGUAUCCCAAGGAAGAUGGCAAAGCACAGGAUGCCACCAAGUCCAGCUUGGGUUCUUCCAAGGAUGUCUACAGAGUUUUUAAUAGUGAAGGAGAGCAAAUUAGAGCAUUUAAAUGUGAGCACUGUCGGGUGCUAUUUCUUGACCAUGUCAUGUAUACGAUCCAUAUGGGCUGCCAUGGGUACAGGGACCCACUUGAGUGCAACAUUUGUGGCCACAGGAGCCAGGACCGCUACGAGUUCUCUUCUCACAUUGUUCGGGGUGAGCACCCCUUUCAAUAGCUCAUUAUUGGACUGGGUUAUUAUGAAGAACUGCACAUGAAGAAAUACUGCACUUAUGUUUUCUCCUGACAGUCAUUAGGUGUAAUGUAAAGGAUUCACUUUUUGUCGAAUUCGUUUUUGGGGUUUUUUUUUUUUUACAUUUUCAGUCACGUUACUUAUUGUUUCUGACCUUUACAGAAAAAAGCUAAUUUCAAAUUUCCACAACCUAACAAAAUAAUAUUUAAUCUUACAAUGGAAGCAGAAAACAGAGCAUGGAAUAUUACCCAUGUUCCAUUGUAUUUUCAGUCUCUGGCCACAAAAAGGUUUGGGGGUAGGCAGCUCAUUACAAAUUUUCUACUGGUAGUGUCUGACCAUCACAAACCCAUCUGCCAGGACAAUUUAAUUUUACAGCAUUACACAGGAGUGAGGAUUGGGUAAUUCUUCUUCAUUUCUAAUUGUAUGUUCAUUAGUGUUGGCUUAAUAAUAAUGACUAUUUGGAGCUAAUGUGACCAGCCACUUAUUGAGACUCACCCAGCUUUACAUAUGUUAUUACUUUGGUUGUUUUAAAGGAUGUUCAAAUCUUAGUAGCACUUUAAAAGAUGAACCAAUGUAUAUGUGAGUUUUUACAGUAGGUAUCUACACAUACCUACCGUUCAUCAUUGUGUUAGGUGCUUCCUAACUUUUUUCGUUUUUUAACAUGUAAUACUACUUUUAUCUUCAUUGUUACCUAGUUUAAUUGCUGGUUUUACCAGCGCUGAUAGCAGUGCUUCCAGCAGUUGGUAACUGUAUUAAAUGCAGUCCUUUUAGCUGGACAUUGCCCAUCAUGGUACAUUGUAAAUAGUGUCAGAAAGAAGCAACAUUUGGCAAGAAGUAGGCAUUUUAAUUUCUGCUACAAGUAGCAGUGAUCCAUCCCAAUUCCUGAGUCAUUUCGCCUAGAUUAGACACCCCUGCUGUAGGAGUUCUGUAAUAAUGCCUUGUUGGAAUGAUAAACUUAAAUAUUCUACAGCUACAUAUGGUAUACCUAAAAAUCAUAUUUUUCUUAAUCUAGCACUGGAAUUUUGUGCAGCAAUCACAUUUUUAUUGUUUCCAUAAUCAUGAUUACUAUUUCCCUUUAUAUUGAAGAUUAAGUGAAUUUUGCUGACACAGCAGUGGGGAUCCAGGGUGCACCCAUUACUCCCCAGUAUGGUCAUUACUUUUAUUGAGUAUUUGACAGGUCUAUGUUCUUUGGCAAACUAGAAAACAACCUGAAGGGUUUGAGCCUUCUAAUGCAAACGUAUUACAACGUCUCAUAACCAACUAUUACAAAGAUCUUAAACUAUUGAACAUACUGUUAUCCUUACAUAAUCAAUGGCUUCGUUUGGCACUGAAAUUUUACCCGGGUUCAUUUAUCCAGUGUUAGUAGUAUCUGUUGUCUAGGGAACUUAAAUCAAACCACAUGGUGGAUUUGUCAAUUUACUGUAAUUUGUUUUAUUGUGAGUAGAGGGAAAUAACUUGGCAUUAUUCCAUCCCCAUGAUUUUGUGAGCCACCCCUAGCUGCACAUGCCUAGAUGUAACUGGCUACAGGAGAGUUGUCUCUGACCCAGUCUAUACCGGAGGCUCACUUGUGCCCUAAUUUGGCACCACAUACUUGCACUUAACCUAUUAAAACAACUUUAUUGCCUCCCAUAUUUUUAUAUUGUAGACUACACAUAUAUAUAUAUAUAGAAUCUGCUCAGUUCCUGAGCAGUUCAUUCCUCAGAUUUGUUCCUUGUCUAUGAAUUAUGAGUCUCUACUGAGAGCAUUUUGUAUAGUAUAACCAGUGUUGCCACAUUCCAUCAGAUAAGUGCAGCUCCACCCACUUGUAAUCACUGGAAUAGUGACAAAAGCCUGCUAGUUGGUGCCCAUCGAGAGCUGGAACUCUAGAGCUAUAAACCAGUUAUAUUAUAUAUAUAAAAAUAUAUAUAUAUAUAUAUAUAUAUAUAUAUAUAUAUAUAUAUAUAUAUAUAUAUAUUAGAAGACUAGAAUAAGAUGUUAAUGCUAAUUUGACAGUGUUUAGAGAGUGUUUGAUUUGAGGCUGCUUUCACUGUAUAUUGUGUUUUCAGUCCUCCAAAAGCUUAUUUCCCUCUGUCUGAUGCUAUUAGUUACGGGCAUUGGAUUCUUUUGUGGAGAUAAGUGUGUGACUUUCAGCUUUGCUGUAGACCAGCUCAUAACAUAAUCACACAAUAUUCUCAUAUCUUCAACACUUAUUGAUUGUUGAUUAUGAGAAUAUUCUGCUGUGAAUUGUCAGUCAGAAACAUUGUAAGCUUGGUUAAAGCUAUACUGACACGUUCCUAUAAAAAUCAUAGGAACUUGUCAGUAUCAAGUAAAUGAUGGACCCGUAAUAGUUACCCGCAAAGCCCCCCAACCCCCGCAAACCUGCGUUCACCUGGUAAUUGAUCUUCUGUACCGUUUCAGUGACGCUGGGCUGGGGGCAUUGCGAUCCUUCCAUAGGCUGAUAAUGAAUGAAAAGAGGAAUUCAGCUUAUGGAAGGAUCGCUCCAGCCCAGUGUCAUUGAAGCAACGCGUAAGAUCUGUUAGUGGUGUCAGCCUUCUGCUGCACACAGGUUCGCAGGGAACAAUUACAGGUGCAGCACUGACACGUUCCUAUGAUUUUUAUAGGAACGUGUCAGUAUCUCUUUAAGUAGAUAAGUAUAUCUGUGAAGUGUUCCUGCAUACAUACUUCUAUGUCAGUCUUAUUAUUCAGCCAACAUAAUAGAACAUAUCAGGUAGCGUACUGAAGUACACAAUUUUUUGGAAGUCAUCUUGCUGCUAGAGCAUUGACAGGGCCCAACACUGGAAUUCUGUGCAUUUCUACUUAAGAUGCCUUCUUGAAUAUUUAAUAAUAGCAAGACAAUUAUUAAUCAGUAUGUUUUACAAAUCACUCAGUGGUGGUUGUUUUUUUUUUUUGUUGUUUUUUUAAUAAUUUAACUCAGCUUUGGAUUUCUGGUGUCACCUAUGAUGGAUGGGGCUUCAGAAUGAUGUCCCAUAUCUAAGCGUAGCAGGAAUUCAAGAUACUUUUGUGUACAGAAUGAGGGGCAAAGAGCGAUGAAUGCAUCAUUGUGCACCCCCUCCAUCAAGGCCACUGAUUUUCUUAUCUUUGUGGUUAAAUGAUCUGUAAUACACGUGGGAGCAAACUUUGGGAGAGUGAAGCACACUUCAGCUGGACAUGGGUCAUUAAAAUCCAGACUUACCUCAAGUGACGCCCCAACGUGUCUGAAGAGGGUACUCCACUUUGUCCCUUUGCUAUGCACUUACUGGUGUCCAGCAGCACUGGAAUCUUAUGGGUUUUUUUUCUGCACAUUGAAACAAAGAUUGGACUUUGUGUUUUCUUAUACUGUGAUUAACAAGAUAACUGCAGGUCAUCAUUCCUGGUAACUGGUUAUAUUAUCACCUCAUUUAUGUAGCAACAUUUCUUAAAUACUAUUAAGGGUGUACCAAGCACAGGUUAUAUUCUAUCCACUGAUUCACAGGACAUAUGGACCCCAAUCCAUUAAUCCAACUAUCCUAUUCGUAGGAUAAGCAUUUAAAGAGAAUGAAGGUCUCAAUCACUGCAGAGUGCCAAAUGUUAGGCACCCCCUAAUGAUUGUAAUGACAAACUAUAUUGGUCAGGGAGCUUUUCAGGGAACAACACAAAGCAUUCUUCUUUUUUCUCUGUGCGGGCGUGCGUGUGCAAUAAUGUGAAAAGCUGUACUUUAAAUAAAUGCAGAAGAAGAAGAUGAUUGAUCCACAGUGCUUGCUGAAAAGUCCCCUGGGCCGGAGCAGUUUUCUGCCACCAGAAAUGGGGUAUCAGGUAGAUGAUUACAAUCACCUAUUGGAACUCCCAGUGAUUGAGACUUUCUUCUCCUUUAUGUAAAGGUGAGAGCAACUCAGGCCAUGGUCAAGUAGAUAUCCUUUUAAAUGUCUCCAUCUGUAUUGUGAAAACAUGUGUAAUUAAUCAAAAGUAAUGUAAGCAACACAUGGGAAAUGUAGAUGUUGUUAUUUUUAAUAAUGUAGUCCUGAACAAAAAGAGGAAAAAUUGCUUGAGUGUAAGUUGAGCUGAACUACAUAUUGUUCCUAUCUGAAACACAUUUAUUUACAUUGAUUACGCCUGUGCGGCAUCUUAUAGAAGAACAGCAGUAGCUUUCUGUUCUACAAAGCAAAAAGUAUUUGCAAGCAAAAUAUAACAGGGUGUUUAGUAUACUGGUGGUACCGUUUGUAUUAGUUACCAGCUGUUGGUAAUUAAUUCAUAGUAUAUAUUAUAACAUAUAUCCUUUUCUCUCAUACAAUUCACUUAAAGAUUAGAGGAUAGGAAAAUGGAAUUGCUUUGUAGACAUUGUCAGAGGAGCAGUGGCAAAUUGCUUCUUACUUAAUGCAAGUUUUGCAAAACUAUGGAAACGAAAUGAUGAGUGUUACAAAAUAAUAUUUGGCAUAGGAGCAUCCAUACUGGAGAAAUGCUUUAUUUCUUCUUAAUCCUUUAUAGCCUGUUGUUUUUUUUGUUUUUUUUUGAUCUUGCAGUUGCCAGUUAAAAUGUAGCAUGACAUAAAUCAAACUUUUCAUUUCUACAACUCUCCUGGUUAAUAUGGUAAUUUUUGUAGGGUUUAUAUGCUAUUGAAAUGCCCAGAUUUGAUCUGUCAAUUGAGUUGGUGCCGACCUUCUGGGCAUACAGUAUGUGCCUACUUGGGACACUGUUUAGACAGAUGCUGCAAGAAGCUUUUCUUCAGUCAGCCCAAACAAAGCGAUUAUUUAAGAGGUUGCUGCACACGUGUGAGCAUCUGUCUAUUUAGCCCACUAUACAGUUUUGGCCCAUGCAUGUUUGCUUUAAAAAGAGAAAAAACGUAAGAAAAUUGAUUGCUGGUGAGCUAAUAACAUAUCAAGCUCCAGGGUAGGGAGGCAGACUAAGCUUACAAUCCAGAAACCAUAAAAAUACUCAUUAAACAGUUGUUUAGAACUGCUUCCUCUGCAGCACACUUGCAUUUCAUUUAAACGGGGGCUUCUCCUGUGAUCAUACUUUGGAAUCAUAUCUCUGCAUCCGUAAAAACAAAUUGGUACACCCUUAAUAGCAUGUUCCUUAUGCUGUUACUGCUGCGGAAAUUUGUAAAUGAGCUCCAAGGCUGUAACAGAUUAAGGGCUUUUCAACCUAGAAAGAUCUUGAAAGCUUCUGGGAUAGGUAAACUGGCUCAGCUGGUGGGAUAUUCUGUUAGUUGCAGUUGAGUGUAGAAGCUAGUGCUGCCUAUCCCUGCAGUGUGCAUUGUUGUGCAGGCAAGAAAAAUGGAGCGUAAAAUAUAAUUUUGUUAUAACAACUGUUUUGUUCAUUGCUUGUACAGUCUGUUUACAUAUUUUUGUACUGAAAUGUAGUUUUAUAUUUAAUGCUGAGAAAAGGACCGGUAAAGGAAAAACUGAUUUGAGGGCACAGAAUGCUUAAGGUACUUCAUAUUUGUAAUGCAUCUCUUAAAAAAUCUGUUCAUGAACUUGUAUAACUGCAUACUCGCCUUUUAUUUCCCUUGGUUUCUAACUCUGGUUGUCAUUUUUUUCCUUUUUAUUUUGCUCUAAAAAUGUAUAUCUUUGUAUAAGAAACUGGAUGCUUUUAUGCAUUAAUUAGAGAAAAACAAUUGAAAUUGUAAAGUUGUAAAUGUUCCUUUAAAGUCAUUUCUUUUUUUUGUGGGAGGAUAAAUGAUGUUUCUUUAAAUAUAUAUAUGGAUAUAUUCCAGAAGUUGACGGGAAUCUUUGCCUGGUACCAGUUUUGUCUGUAUUUGUUCCUUGCUAUUCUGCACAAAAAUGAUUUUUGCCUUUUAAUACAGUAUGGUGUAUUUGACUGUUUAAGGGUCAUAUUUAUUGAAGGGUGAAAGGGUCAUUGCCCACAGUUGUACACACCUCUCCAUUCACUUUUGUAAGGUUUUCGUGUUCUCUCUGGUGAACUGUCCAUCAUAGGUACUCUUUUACUGCCAUAGGAAUUACAUUGUACCAAUGCACUUAUAUAUUGCAUUCAGUCAUUCGCUUUUAUCAUCUAACUUGCACUGGACCGUCGCAAAUAGCAGAGCUGUUUCUGUGUGAUACAGAUAUUGGUAAUAUUUAGUACCAUGCCUUUUAACACAUCAUUGAAAUGUGUAUCCAUACAAUAAAAAUUGGAGCGUUCAUGGGACUUAAAAAUAAGUGGUUAUUUAUUGGUGGUUUAUUAAUAUUUCAUUUCCAGCAAGAGGACCUUGACCUGAGACCUUGUUUUGAGAAAGGUCCUCUUGCCCGGACCAAAACAUUGAUAACCACCAAUAAAUAACUUCACUUAUUUAUAA